AGAGACUGCAGCCAGUCAGUGCUUGGUCUCCCAGGGAACAGCGUGCAGGAGAUUUCCAGGAGGACGUGUUGCUGUAUAUAACAGUGAGAAGAGGAGGGGAGCUGCUGCUGUGUGUUUGUAUGACUGGCAGCUGUGUGUUACAACUCUGUGUACUAUACACCUGCUGCUGGGUCACACAUUGGACUGGUACCAGACUGCUGUUCUGUAGGAUCUGAUCCUUUCGCUCCAUGACAUAUGGAUGUAGUCUGAGGUUCAGUGAUGUGGUGAGGGACAAGAUUUGCUUCUGUUUGUCUACAUAUUGUAUGAUUGGCAGCCACCAGCACUGGUUUUUCCUAUUACACUGACCAAUAGCGUGGAGGACGAAGUUCUGAGAAAGUAGAUUCCUGUGUACAGAGCAGAGGAAGUAGCAUUAUCAUGGCAUUAAAUUACAGGGAUGGCUUUUAUAAUGCUGCGUACCAUGACUCAGAGACUCUGGAGAUUGACAGAGGGCUGCAGAGCAGACCCUCAUCCAGACAGAACUCUUCAUUCCACCAUAAUCCAUAUGUAGAGGAUGUUGGUGAUAAUAGUUAUCGCGGGGAGGAGCGAGACUGGAGGGGAGGCCAGGGACCGCAAUUGGAGACAGAUUACGAUCUGCAGAUACCCAGAUAUCCUCUUUCAAGUGAUGAACCAUACAGCAUAGGACACUAUAAUCCUGCCUUUCAACAGGACCUAAACCAGGGGCCUUCUUAUAUUGAUUCCAGACAGGGUAUUGACAAUGCCACUGAUGUAUCACAAGAAGGAAUACAUAGACGAUCGAGACGGCAGGCUACACUUCCAACACAGCUACUGAUCCCGUCACCCAUUUGCAUGCUUGACCCAUCCCUGGAUGAUGAGCUUGAUUACAGUAAAAGACAAGAACAGGAAAAGCUUGUCACAAAACUGGUUGAAAUGUCAUCUGCUGACAUAGCUAAAGAAGUGCGGAAACUUCCGAUGUGUCUGAAUAACAAACGUGACCUGAGGAACAGUGUCAUGAUACAGAAGCAGAAAUCUUCCAAAGAUGGUUUCCAUAUGGACUGUUGCGCCGGAUGUCUGCGUAGUGUUAAAUUAUCUUUCCGGAGAUUCAAGCAGGGGGCAUCAGAUGCCUUGGAGGCAUUGCAGCUUUGGCAAGGCACAUUGAAAGUCAUAGGAGGGAAGUUUGGAACGAGCAUUCUAUCUUACUUCAUUUUCCUCAAGUGGCUGCUGAUGUUCAACAUCUUUUCCUUUGUGAUCAACUUCAGUUUUAUAACCAUCCCACAGUUUUUUGACAUGGGUCCUAACAAUGUGUCCUUUACUGGUCUAGAACUACUUACAGGAGCGGGCUAUUUUGCAAAUACAGUUUUGUACUAUGGAUUUUACACAAAUGGCACCAUCAGGAAGGAAGCCAAUCUAGCACCAUACAACAUGCAAUUAGCAUAUAUAUUGACUAUUGGAUUGUAUCUGGCAACCUGUUUCCUAAUUCUGCUCUUCAGUAUAGCAAAGUCAUUUCGAAAUAACUUUAUUAACCCAUCUUCAUUUUCGGGAAAUGCUUCAAAGCUGCUGUGUAGCUGGGAUUUCAACAUGAAUAACGAGAAGGCUGUAAAAUUAAGAAAAAGACAUCUCAGUACACAGAUAAAGGAAACACUUUCUGAAAAAUUACUACAGAAGUUAAAGCUUUCCUUUGGUCAGAAAUUGGCUCGGUUUGGUGUUCACCUAGCAGUUUGGGUCGCAUCAGUAAUACUCUCAUUUGGCUGUUGUUCUGGUGUAUACUUCCUCUGUCUUCAUGUCCAAAAUUCUACACAGAAUUCAAAUACAAACGAUCUGACAAAACAAGCAGCAACGUUACAGGUUCCUGUGGUGGUCGCCCUCAUUAAUCUCAUCAUGCCCCUUGUCUUUGCCAUGUUGGGCCUAGUGGAGAAAUUCAAGUAUCCUCAACAUCAGAUCUAUGCAGUGAUCAUAAGAAAUGUACUCCUGAAAAUGUCAAUCAUUGGUAUCUUGUGCGCCUACUGGUUACAAGAUAUUGCAGAGAGUGGCUUUGAGUGCUGGGAAUCAUAUAUUGGACAAGAUAUCUAUCGGCUGGUGGUAAUCGAUUUUCUUUUUGUAUUGAUGGGCUCCUUAUUUGGAGAAUUUCUAAGAAGGAUAAUCGGGAUGCAUUGCUGUAAAAAGUUAGGAAUGCCUGAAUUUGACAUAGCAAGGAAUGUCUUGGAUUUGAUCUAUGCGCAGACAUUGGCAUGGAUUGGAAUUUUUUUCUCUCCCCUGAUUCCAUUAAUCCAGAUGAUCAAACUCUUCAUUAUAUUUUAUGUGAAAAAGGUGAGCCUCACAAUGAAUUGUACCCCACCUCGGAGAGCUUGGAGAGCAUCCCAGAUGACCACGCUUUUUAUAUUUCUCCUCUUCUUCCCAUCUUUUGUGGGUGUCCUUUGUGUCAUUGGAGUCACUAUAUAUAGACGGCAGCCUUCCAACAGUUGUGGCCCUUUUCGGUAUCUGCCCACUCCUUAUGAUUCAAUUGAUGAAUGGAUUGCUUACAUAAAUGUUUUUGACAACACAAAAUGGGUUGUGUGGAUUUACCACAACUUGAUUGAAAGCGUUCUCUUCUUCUACAUUCUUACAUUGAUCAUUUUAAUUAUCUCAUAUCUUUAUUGGCAAAUCUUACAAGGAGAGAAGAUAAUGGUGAAGAGACUACUUGUGCAAAUAGCCAAUGAAGGAAAAGACAAAACCUAUUUGCUGACAGAACUCCGGAAAUCACAGAAGCAGAAUGGAACAAAGCGAAGUGCACCAAACCAAACAUCGCAAAGACAGGUUCAUCCUUCACACGAAACACAAGACUUGCAGUUUCCUAAUGAAGCCGUACCGUAUGGAACUGGUACAUCUGAUGCCCUGGCACUUGCAAUGAGGGCAAGGCAGCAGGCAGACUCAGAAGGAGAAUCCCCAGAGCUGAAUAGGAGAGCAUUCAAUGAAAAUGUUGAGGCUUCAGAUACAAUGGCAAUGCUUAUGAGAGCAAGGCAACAGGCUGAACAUGAGGAGCAGCAAUCUCAGUACAGUGAAGAAUCUAGCGAUUCUAUGGAGAUGGUGAUGAGGGCAAGGCAACAGAGUGAACAUGAGGAACAGCAACCACGUCACACUGCAGACCGCAGAGAUACAAUGGAGAUGUUGAUGAGAGCGAGGCAACAGGCUGAACAUGAGCAGCAGCAACCACCGUACAGUGCAGAACCAAGAGAUACAAUGGAGAUGAGGGCAAAUACUUCAGAGGCAAAUAACAGAGUAAGGCAAAUGGAUGAGUUUGACAGACAACAGCCAAGGGGUCAGAAAACAUCAGAUGCCUUGGCAAUGGCUAUGAAAGCAAGACAGCAAGCACAGAUGGAGUGACAGAUCUCUACUGUUAAUGGUGCAGGACUGAUCUGACAGACAUUGAACUUCUGUAUUGACCAUAUAGGGACUUAUGCUGAGGUGAACACACAUUUAGAGAGGUAGAACGGGGUAGAGAAGGGGCAGGCUGGAGUAGUUUAAGUACAGCAAGGGGGUUCCUUAUGUACGUAGUGGAGGAAAGCAGCCACAUCUAUCCCUCUUAGGAAUCAUAUCUAUGGCAGCUGCUUCCCCCUGGUGGAUGAUCUAUGCAGAUGCUGAUGAUCAGCACAGACCUUCUAUAGCCUAUGGAAAAGGGAAAUCAAUAUAUUUUGCAAAGUAAGCAUUUUACCUAAUUUGCACAAGAUGCAUGCACGCUGUAUAUUAGACAAAUAUUGCGUGAAUACACCAAAUGUUGGCAUAUAUUGCAUUCAUCUCUACAUGAGCCACAACGGGAGAGGGUGAAUGAUACAAAACAACUGUUUUUUGUUUUUUUUUAAAUAUGCCAAAAGAGGUUUAUAUAAGCCAAACUAACUAUCCAGCAAGUCUAAUAAUAAGUAAUUGGCAUGAUGUAUUUGCACAAAAUAAAACUUUAUGUGCCUUAUAGGAACAAUUACACAGGUUAGACAAACUAUUUUAAGAUGUUAAGUGAUGUUGAUGUUCUGAAAAUCUGUUAUCUCUUAUGAUUAACACAUAAUUUAUU